AUGAUCCGUUUCUGGUCGAAGAAGAAUCAGGUCUACAUUGGCUUGUUGAGUGAGACUCUUGAUGCUUCAAAAGUAAGAAACAGUUGUGUUUUGCAGUCGUUUGCAUAAUUCUGGUCAUUUUGACUGUGCCACGUGUAUACAAAAACCAUGAGAUUCGGAGGUUGGUCUAUUGUGACAAGGUGAUUUGAUAAUUGCGAGUCAAUUUACAAACUGAUUGAACUAUUUCAGAAGGUUUAUCACGAUCACCGAUACAUAUUUUUCCCGAUGACUUCGAUAGUGCACGAGGGAGGAAUCGGUCAGUUUUGCAUUACAAAAAAGCGGAAUUCUCACGGGAAAUGCAGGAAAUCAACUGUUCGAAGUGUUUUCUCUGAUCGGAAUGGCCAGGAUGCUCAAUCGAACGGCGAUUUUCGACGGCGACAACUGGGACCUCCACGCGCGUCUAGAUCUGCUCCAACGGCACCUUCCUCAGGUGGCUCGGCAGGUCAUUUCGAUUCCCAUCGACGUUCCUAACACGACAAAGUACGUGUACUCUCCCGCCUGCUGCCACUUCCAGAUAUCACCUCUGCUCUUUUGUGAACAGACAAAGUUUCUUCUCAUUGACGGUUCUUACUUUCAGGUGAAACAAUUAAUUUCGUGAUAAAUUCUAAAAAUGUGUAAAAUGUUCAGAGUUUCAAAUACUUUGCGCCAAUUGAGAAUUCGAUCAGGGAAUGGCUGAAACCAUCGGAAAAGGAUAGUGAAAGGCUGAAAAAGACGGUGGCAAAGAAGGACGAAUUACGUUUCAAGUGAGAAUUGGGAAGUUGAUUUGCAAUAAAGAACUGCUUAGAACGUGUGUGCACAUUCGGAGAGGCGACUUCCUGACGGACGGAGUGCACGAGGGAACCAACAGCACGUUCACGAUCAAUGCCAUCGAAUACCUUUAUACUCUCCGUGGGAACUUUCUUCCAUUUCCCUUUCAUUCACUUUGUUUUACAGAUCCCGGUCUCGUUUUUCUGUUCAGCAAUGAUCCGGAAUGGUCGAGAACGCGAAUCGCAGACUAUCUGGACUUCCAGAGGGAUAUCAAAGUGAUGGAAACUCCGAACGAUGAGGCCCUUCAUGAUCUGUACUUUUCUCGGAUUCACUGCGACGCCGUACUGAUUACGGGUGAGACGAAGACGGAGAAAUCUUGUUAUAACUGUCGUUUUCAGCGCCCUCGUCCACGUUUGGAUGGUGGUUGGGAUACGUUUCGAAGAACAGUUCGAAUGUUUACUACAGAGACAUUCAAGAAGUGAACGAUUCUGUCAAAUACCAAAUGAUCGAGGAGGACUACUUUCCUCCCGCCUGGCGCAAAAUGGGAAUGACUCGGAACAAACGCAUUUUUGUUCAUGAAUCAUGA